CCUAGGUUUACAUACGAUGAAGAGAAUAUCCUCCGCAAUUCCUGCUUCGAUUCUACCUUUCAGUGGUAAACUUUUCCGUUUUCUUUCUCUAAGCUGCCCAUUUCGUGUUUCCUUUCCAGUUAUUCUACUGCUUCCGAUGAAUAUGUCAAAAUGAGUAUGUCUAAAUCCACACAUCUCGAGGCAUUGGUCAUAGAUAAGUGCAAAUCGAGAUCCCUUGAGCUCUGGGUUUUUUCUAUUCCAUGAUUUCGAUGAGACCAUUUCCCUCAAUUGUGACUUUCAACCAUCUGCUUGGAGCACUGUCCAAGAUGAAACACUAUGCACUUGUUGUUUCCGUGUGUAAACAGAUGAUGGGCUGUAGUGAAUUCCAGCCUGAUAUCUUUGUAAUGACCAUUUGGCUCUGUUGUUUGUGCAAUUUGAAGAAAGUGGACUUUGGUCUCUCUGUGUUUUCUAUGAUUAUAAAACUUGGUCUUCAGCCUAACCAUUAUACCACGAAUGCUCUGCUUCUUGGACUGAUUGAUGAGGGUAAGAUUGCUGAGGCAAGGGGUUGUUUUGGAAAAUAUUGAAGAACGGUUAUCGAUAUGAUCAAUACACUUAUGCUAUUAUUAUCAGGGGACUUUGUAACUCAGGGAAUAGUCGUCUUGCAGUUGUUUUUGCUGAUAAAGAUGAAUGUAAAUGGAAGCUUUUAACCUAAUGUGAUAUGGUAUAAUACAAUUAUUGAUGGAUUUUGUAAAGAGAAACAAAUGGAUAAGGCUUUGAUUAUAUUUCAAGAUAUGUUAGAUCGGAGAAUUGAGCCAAAUGUUGUUACUUUUAGUUCGUUAGUUAAUGGGUUUUGCAGUGCUGGCCAUGGGGAUGAAUCAAAACGAUUAUUAGCUGCCAUGGUUGACAAGGGGAUUUCUCCUAAUGUGUAUACCUUAAAUGCUUUUAUUUCUCCUCUUUGCAAGGAUGGGAAGAUCCAAGAAGCAAUAUCCCAAUUCGAUUUAAUGACCCAAAGAGGCAUAAAGCCUAAUGUAGUCACUUAUAAUAUGCUAAUCUGUGCCUUAUGCAAGUUUGGUGAGUGGAGACUGACCACAAAAUUCUUUGAAAAUAUGAUUGGAUCUGAAAUUUCACCCGAUGUUGUAACUUUUCAUUCCAUGAUAGACAGUUUAUGCAAGGAGGGGAACUCAUCGAAGGCUAGUGAAAUUCUGGAACUAAUGAAUCGUAAAGGUGUGAAACCAGUUGCCUUCGCCUAUAAUUCUUUGAUUCAUGGAUUUUGUCAUUCAGGGAAAUGGGAAGAAGCGACAAGUUUGCUAAAUAGAAUGAUGAAUGAAAGAGACAAUCCUAAUGUAGUAACUUUCAAUUCUUUUAUCAAUGCUUUAUGUAGGGAAAAGAGAACCGAAGAAGCCAAUACCAUGUUGGGACUAAUGUGUCAAAGAAAUGUAAAAGCAGACAUCCUCGUCUACAAUUCCUUGAUUCAUGGAUUUUGUCAUUUAGGGAAAUGGGAAGAAGCGACAAGUUUGCUUCAUAGAAUGAUGAAUGAAAGAGUCAAUCCUGAUAUAGUAACUUUCAAUUCUUUUAUCAAUGCUUUAUGCAGGGAAAAGAGAACCGAAAAAGCCAUGACCAUGUCGGAACUAAUGCGUCAAAGAAAUGUAAAACCUGACGUUGUCACCUACAAUUCUGAGUUAUGGAUUUUGUCAUUCAGGGAAAUGGGAAGAAGCGACAAGUUUGCUCCAUAGAAUGAUGAAUGAAAGAGUUGAUCCUGAUGUUGUGACCUUCAAUUCUUUUAUCAAUGCUUUAUGCAGGGGAAAGAGAACCGAA